GCUAAACCCUUCCUUCUGCGCUGUCUCUCCCCGAAAACGAUGAGCCGAUUCAGAAGAAUCGAGAUUUUUGAACCUUCGUCGUCUCUCUUCGUGAGGGAGACCUCCUGCUUUAGCCGUCCAACCCUAACUUUCACCUCAUUUCCCCAAGUGGACGACCUCAGCCUACCUCUCGACCUCUUCACCCCAAACCCUUGCCCCUUGGACCUCUCCGCCCAUUGUUUCCUUCCAACUGCUCCACCUCCCUGCGAUAUCUUCGACUCCAUCACUGAUCUCAUCCAGAUCGAGAGAACCUCCCUUUCAUCCUCUUACAAGAGGUUGCAGGCUCGAACUGCUCCCGAUUCCGACCUGCGGACCCUCUGCGACCGGGUUUCCGCUCUCGAGCUUGGUUUCAACCGAUUCGUGAACAAAAAGACCUGCAAUCCGGACCGAAAGUACUCUUGGACGGCCGAGGUCAAGGGUGCUGAGAAGGACGGCGUUGAUCGAAAGUUCAAAUGGACGGCGGAAAUCAAAGGAGCCAAAAAAGGUGCUAAGCAUGGAGCCCUUGAGAAGAACUACAAGUGGACGGCAGAGUUCAAAGGCAAAGGCAAAGACGCUCCGCUCACCCGCUCCUAUACCUUUGAGACCUCUACGGCUCCCGCCGGUGACUUUAGUGACUCGGAUUCCGACUCGGGGAAGGAGAAGAAGACGACGAAGAAGAAGGGAUCGAAAGCUGGGUCAUCCAAACGUGUGGUGGAGAUCGAUGAACCGGGUGAUCAACGGGCUAUCGUUCGCAGACAGGCUUUCGCUCAGAGGAUUAGGGCCGAUGCCAAGGGGAAGAAGAAAGAGCUGUCGCCUCAAGAUGCAGCUAUUAUGAUCCAGGUGAGCUUCAGAGCUUAUCUGAUUCGUCGAUCGAAAGCUCUUCGUGCUCUUCGAGAGUUGGCUGUGGCCAAGAGCAAGUUGAAGGAGAUCAGGGCGGCGUUCAACAACUUUUCUUACAGAAGCCGCAUUGCCCGUGAUGCGGAGGAGCGCCAGAGGUUCUCUGAGAAGAUCAUAGUCCUCCUCCUCACCGUCGAUGCAAUUGAGGGAGCUGAUCUAAUGGUUCGAGCAGCGAGGAAAUCAAUGUUGGAUGAGUUGGAGGCGAUGCUGGAUGUGGUGGAUCCCCAGCCUCCAGGAAAGCUAGGUUCGAUGAAGAGGAGGAAGUUCGAUCUGCCAGAGGGUUGCAUCCAGAAGGAAAUUGCAGCUGGUGUGGCUAAGGUUGUCCAAAUGCUUAAUGAAGAAGACAAUGAUAGUGUUGCCCUCGAGGACGAGAACGGCUGUUGAGAGUUUCCGCACUUCUCGUGUUGUGUUUUGUUAAUGGGAAAAACAUAGGCCUCUUU